CAUGGUGGGACCUGCGGUGUUGGGGGGCUCCGGGGGGCCCCUCUCGGCCCGCCUGGGCUGCCGGCUGCAGGAGGAGGACGUGGGCAGGAGAGAAACCUUCAGCGCCGAGUGGCUGGACCUGGAGCUCAGCUCCCGACCCGAGGAGGGGUGGUGCCGGCGGGAGGCGGACGCGCAGCGCCGGGAGUCGCUGGAGCAGCGCGGGGCCGUGCGGGUGCUGCAGCAGCGCUCGCCCUGGGGGCUGCUCAGGGUGGGGGUCCUGGGGCAGCCCCUGGCCCAGCACCUGCUGCCCUACGCCCGCACCUUCCCCGUGCCCCUGUUCGCCCCCUCGGACCUGCGCGGGGCCAAGGGCGGCGUCCCCCGCACCCUCUCCCGCUCCCUCUCGCACGAAGCCCAGCGGGGCUGAGGGGGCGCUCGGGGUGCGGGGUGGGGUGGGGGGGGGCAGCAGGGUGAUGUUGGGGGGCUGCGGAGGGGGAUCAGCCGCCCCCCGAAAAGAAGGAUUGGGGCAGGUGGGGCUGGGCUCCCAUCGCUUGGGACCCCAGCCCGCUGCGGGGGAUGAGGAUGAGGAGCCCGCCCUUCGUGCCUCAGUUUCCCUGGCGAGAAGAAGGGAGUGAGAGGAUGAGGAUGAGGAUGAGGAUGAGGAUGAGGAUGAGGAUGAGGAUGAGGAUGAG